AUGAGUGGGGAAAUCAUAACUGGAUUUGAUAAAAACUGGAAGUGGGACACUCCAGGAAAUGCCCAACACGUGUGCAUGUUCCUUGGUUUCUUCCUCUACUUUUUCAUCGGAAUGCUGGCGGAUAAGGGAUAUAUUCAUCUGCCGUACGUUGAUGACGUCUUCGGAAUAUUUGCCGUGACUGUGGAAUGGCUCCUAUUCGCCAAUCACCUGCAUGGCAUGCCUCCCCUCGAAGUCUUGAGUACCUGGAACACGGAGAGCCACGAACAUAUGACCUAUGCCACUGUGGUUUUUAUCGCCCACUUGUUCCUCGAUGCGAUUCUCAUCCUGAUUCUCAACGAAUUCAUUGCAAGGCGUUUUGGUGGACGAAAAUAUUUUGCUAAGGACUCAAAGAGUAGUCUUCCAGCAAGCAGGAUCUCAAAGGUCACCAAAACCCCUCGAUCUACUAUCUACAGCAUUAUUCGGCGAUACAAUGAGCUUGGAUCAGCAGCAGAUCGCCAAAUAAGUGGACGUCCUUCCGUGUUCCAGGAUGAGAAGCUCCAGAAACGAGUCAGGCAAAUGCUAUACCGAAAUCCAGAGCAUUCUGGAAGAAAGCUUGCGCAAACCUUGAGAGUGGACAAAGAGACCUUUUGA